AUGAAACCGUUGAAUAUUGAUAUUCCUGAAUAUGGGGAUGAUGCUCCGAGUAUCCUACCCUCAUAUCAAAUGCACCAAGCCAUAUAUGCGAAGACCUUAACAGUCCCACUUGAGCUGAAUGAACUACUUCCUGGUUAUGAUCAAAUUGACUUUGAUGACAUUAGUUCAUUGACCUCAUCCCUAUCAUCAAUUGAAAGUUCUUCUGCUCUUUACUCUAUACCGUCUUCUACAAUUCUAACAAAUCGUCAUAAUGAUGACGCUGGUUUUGAAGAUUCAUCUAAAAUCCUCGAGAUACAUCAUAAAUUGAACAAACUAUCAUCCAAUUCCCCAAUAAAACUCUCAAUUGAACUCACAGUCAAUGGGUGCAAUAUAGACCCAUCCACCUAUGAAUUCUCUCUGAAUGAUAUAAUAGACGGGAACGUGAUUGCUGAAAAUACCUCCACAGAAAAUGUUCCCUUUACCAUGUUUUACAUAUUUUUAGAGGGUAACAUAAACUCCCAUAGUUUAUUGAACGGCAAAAUAACAAAAUCAAGCACCUUCUUGCAAAUAAUUGACCUUGCUGCAACAUCAUCUGUAUUGGAAGCUGAGUGCGACAACUCCAACAGUUCUGAAAUUGGGUUUGCAUCGUGCGGCUCAGAAAAUAGAGAGGCAAAUAAUUUUAUGCAGCCCGGGUUGCGUUACAUUAAACGUUUUCAAUUCAGAAUCCCAAAGAGCUUGCUUGAUUCCAACUGUAAACACAGCCAUAUCACGAGUCAUUUAGACCUCCCAAGUACAAUUGAGGCUCCGGUGAAGGGGGAAUCGUCAAAAAAUUUGACUUUUCAAAACAUUUCCAUAUCGUAUGAUAUUCAUGUCAAAUGCAUUUCCCCAGACCCUCAAACAAAUCAGUACAGCAUAUUAAAAGAAAAAUCCACCGAAAUCAGAAUAGUGCCACGUACUAAGAGGAGUACACAUUUGGAAAAAUCCAUUCAAAAAUCUCUUGUCAAGUAUGCGUAUCACGAGUUUAUAAAUAGAUUGGAAGAUUGCAUACAACAUUGUAAAGAGUUGAGAGGGUUGGCCUUACCGAAAGAUAAAAUAAAGCACGUUCAUGAAAAUUUGCAAUCUAGUACCGAGAGUGAACUUGAAUAUUUCACUCUGAAUAAUGCAUUUGAAGAAAUCUUUCCAUACAUUAAGUUAAAGCUGGGUCUUUCGUUUGGAAAGAAAGCAAUAAAACCUUUAGGGGAAAUGAAAGUUGAAAUUCCGGUAGAAGAAUACAAAAUUUCUUAUAUACCAUCAUAUAAGUACAUUGGUGGCCAAGAAGUUGACGAAGCCAAAUUGAAAAGCUGGAAUAUCGAUGUUCCCGUUAAUUUCAGUUUCACGGCAGAUUCAGAAAAUAUUAAUGAUUUCCCAACCUUGAAGCUUGCAAAAGCUUCAUUGGUAUCAUUCACUAUUUCCUCAGAAGUAGACAAUCAAAAUAUUCCUCUUGAACUCAAUCAUGACAUGGUCUUUAACAAUAGCAAUCCUGAAGAAAAUUUUUCUAAUUUAGUUACUUCUAAGUUUGAGAAGUACGGUUCAGAGUUAAUAGAUCAUUAUCGUAACCUUAAAGAAACCCAAGGAUUCUUUCCUGAUAAACUGCUUGUGGAAGAUGUUUUGUGCUUAAGUAAAUUGAGAACCAGAAAGAGUGAACUUGUCAUAGAAAACAUUGAAUAUUCUUCAAAAGAAUCGUUUAGUAAAUCGGAAAAGAACUUAGCUUGGAAGAAUGAACUGAGAAAUAAAUAUACUCAGAACUUUACAGUUCAUUUGGAUUUAACCUCAGCAACUGCUAAAGAGAUUGCUUCAAAGCCAACAUUCGGCAAAAGCUACGAUAACUAUUGUUUAAUUCCCAGUUACCAAAAUUGUACGAUGGGUCGUUUGUACUACAUUCAGCUUGACUUGCAACUUUCCAAUGGCAAAACAGUCUCAGUUAAGUUACCUGCUUCCAUUGAAAAUUAG